AUGAACACUUACGGCAAAGACGUAUGUCAUGGCUGGAAUAAGGAAGUAAAAUCGCCGCUGUUGAUCUUGGUAGAUUCGAAUACCAAACAUGAGUUCCAAAGAAAGAUAGCUCGGGCCACGUGGCUUCGAAACUUCCAUGGCAAUCAGAGCAGAGUACAUGUAGUGUUUUUCGUGGGAAAACCGCAUAGCUUAAAUACCGCCGAACACCUAUUAAUGGAGAACCGAAAACACGGCGACAUUGUCUGGACGCACGUGCCAGAAAAGUCCAGUUAUAUCAGGUCAUUGAAAAUGGUAUCGGGACUGAACUGGGUGCUCAAAAAAUGCAAAAACGCUAAAUUUGUGUUGAAAGUCGACGAUAAAACAAUCGUCAACAUGCCGGCUCUCCUGAGAUUCAUUGACAAACAAAAUAAUGCAAAAAACACCAUAUGGGGAUUCAAACACAACGUUUCACCGUAA